GCCUACUUUCAGCACCGGAAUCAUGUGAAGAUAAUCAUCAUUGAUGACACAUUAGCCAUACCAAUUAACUAAUCUUGAUUUAACUAAAAUAGAUUAGGUGUUCCCGUUUCAAUAAUAGCAGAUGGACUUCUAAUACCUUUACCGAAAGCAUGACAUAAAUCAGAUAAAUGCGAACACAAAUCAGAUAAAUAAUGGGGACUGAUGGUUCAUAACCAAUAUCCCAAAAUGAAAAUUGAUCCACUUCCUUGCAAGAGAAGAAAGAAAGUCCAAAGCAACACCAAUAACUCUAUAUAAGAGGUUGAGUUUUUCGGAGGUAUGGUUUAGGAGUUAAAUAAACAACUAAAUAAAUACUUAAAAUUGAAAAUAAAAAUUUUAAAAAUAGUUUCAAAAACAAAAUUUGGAUUUCAAAAUAAAGAAUUGAAAAAAUUGAAUUUUUUUUUUGAAAAAAGUCGAAGAAUAAAAAUUUAUAAAAAUUUUAAAUUUAAAACACAUUAUUCAAAAAAUAAUGGGAAAAUAAUUAUUUAAAUCAUGAACUUUCAAAUUUGACUGAAAAAAUCAUGAUUUUUUCGUGGACCAUUUAAAGCCUCAAUUUAUCUUGACAAGCCACUUACGACCUCAGCUAAUUUUGACUAAACCAAUUUUUAUAUGUCGUUAAUUCGAUUAAAGAUCGAUUAAACGGAGUUAAUCUCCAAUAUUUAUAGAUCGAUCAAAUCAAAAUCAGACACUUUGAAAUUAAUCCCUUCUAAAUGGUCCACAAGAAAAUUCAUGAUUUUUCAACUAAAUUUGAAAUUUUGUGAUUUAAAUGAUCGUUUUCCCAAAAAAUAAUAAUCAAAUUUGAUUAUUAUUUAUUUAAGUAAUUAUUUGUAUGUAUAUAUAGUUUUUUUGGUAAAUAUAUUUAUUUAUUUGUAAUCAAAGUGAAUAUAGUUUUUUUACUUCUUUAUAAAACAUCUUUUGGUUAUUGUUCUUCGUGUGUAUUUCUUUUGGUAAAAAAUAGGGUUUUUUUGAGAGAAUGGUUCUAUUGGUAUUCAUUAUUUCUUUUUUAUUUUACAAGUUUAGUAAAUUGUAAAAUGAAAAAGAAAUAAUGGUUACCAAUAGAACCAUCCUCUAAAAAAAACCAUGUUUUUCACCAAAGAAAGAUACAAUUGUGAGUAUUUUUUCGGCCAACCUGUUAAUUAUUGCUGUUAAAUAUAAUAAUAGUACCUAUAUUGAAUUAGUGUUUCAAAAAAAUUUAUAUUGAAUUUUAAUAAUGUGGUAUAUGCAAUGCGAUCGGUAUAUCUUUGAUAUCUUAUAUUCCUAUGUAUGUAUAUGUACAGAAUGAUAUGAUUCCAAAAUUAAUAGGCUAGUUUCCUUGGAAAAUUCGGAGUAAAUACUGGAAAUUUGCUUACCUUUAUCGCACCUUCUAAAUUAUAAUGACUUCCUUUUUCCUCUCAGAGUCAAAUUAUUUUUCAUUUGUAUUUAAAACAUAUAGACUAAUUCGUAAAUGUAGGAUAAACUUGGAAGGUUAAAACUUAAAAAGAGCCACAGUUAUUGUUGACUAUUUGGACUUUUGAUUUUCCCUUAUUUAAUUAAUUAUAAAAAAAAUUAUUUUUCUCUUUUUAAUUUAUACUUUCUCAGAAAACACAAUAUAUACAAUUUAUAUAUUCAUAAUAUAACUUGUUUAUAUUUCCUUGGCCGUCUACUAAUUUAUUCACACUACAAUCACUUGUUUCUUUUUCUUUUUGCUUCUCCUCUCUCUUUCUUCUUCCCCAAGAACCCUAAGUAUUUAUUUUUACUUUUGAUGAUUUUAAUCGAAGAAAUAUAAAAGUCUGCCCAUCUGAUCCACUGAAGGAAUCCACUUUCUCAUACCCAAAUGAAUCUGAGUGAGAAGAGAAGAGUUGAUGAAGAUUGGAUUACGACACUAUUGAGCUUAGAGUUCUUUGGGAUAUGUAUGAAUCAUAAGUAUCUUCGAAAGAACGAGAAGAAUGUCUUUUGCAUUGACUGUAAUGCCCAAAUAUGCAGACAUUGUUGUAACACAGAAGCACACUUCCUCCAUCGUCGUCUUCAGAUUUGCAAAUACGUUUAUCAAGAUGUUUUGCGUCUCCUCGAUAUUCAACACUACUUUGAUUGCUCCGAGAUACAGACAUAUAAAAUAAAUGGAGAACAAGCUAUACAUUUGAAUUCGAGGCCGCAAGCAAAAGAUGCAAGACCUUCAACAAAAUCCAAGAAUGCAGGUUCAUGCGUGACGUGUAAAAGAUAUAUUCAAGAUCGUCCUAAUCGAUUUUGCUCUAUCUCUUGCAAGAUUUCAGCUUCUCCAGAAAAGCACAAAUUUUGUUUCUCUCCAGAAAUAAACCAAAGUGCUUUGAAGAAAGAACAUUAUAAUCAAGAACAAAACUUAGAAGAAAAAAAAUCAUGCACAUCAUCACUUACAGAUGUUUCAGAAGACUCGGAUGUUUUAUUGGGUAAUUUUUCAUUGAGACCACUCAUUAGGAUACUCAAGAGAAAAGGAGUUUCUAGAAGAUCUCCUCUUAACUGAUUUUUUUUUCCGUGGAUUUUGUUAUCAAAACCAAAAAUUAUUUAUAUUUUCUAGUUAAGAAGGAUAUUAUAUCGGUUUA